AUGUAUUCCUCAUGUACCCUACACUACACUACGAUCGUUGACUUGAACAGGGAAUCGGCUGCGUAUCCCUCACGCAGGAGGAUACCGAAGGCGGUAUCGAGCAAGGAGCUCGAUGACUGUGACAGGCACCUGGUACUCAUUCUUGCAGCCAGUUGUUUGACGGGUGCCUGUUCAACCCAAGGGCUACUUCCGACUCGGAGUCUCGCAGGCACAUACCACUGUGAAGAUGACUCGAUGAUCUACGACAAGACUACGCACCGAGAGGCGGAGUUCAAAUUGUAUACGUUGACUUUCGACGUGCUAGACGUCGACCUUGAAGCACCUUGUCCGUCUUCAAAGCUCUUGUUUAACAAGCCUAGCCUUGGUUCCACUAAGAGUGAGUGGACUGAACUUGACUUUGCUGGAGGGGUUACGGGGUUAUGGACAAGAUGUAGAACGUGUAUUUCUCGUGUACACUACACUAUGCACUUGGCACCGUGUAGAGGAAUCGGCGGUGUAACCCUCAUGCAGCUGAUGCGGAAUCUGAGGGGAUUGGUCAAUGGUCAAGAGGAUGCGGCGGAUGGAAGGUCGUCUGUGGCUGUGGAGGGUAGUCGACGACUCAAGAGGCUGCAUGCAGAAUACGGGAGGGACGUCGGUGGCUGUAGAGGACAGCCGUCGUCGAGGGAGGCAUCUGUUUGGAGGGAGGGACGGUCGUCUUUGAGGGUCGUAGUCGUCUUGAGCCAGUCGACGAAAGGGAAAAUCGGGAUUCGGAAGGGUGUUGGACGAGGGAGCAACGUUGGUGUUUGGCGGGAGAUAGUAGAGAGGCAGUAG